UGUAACUAGCAGUUUUCAAAAUGUACAGCAACAGCAUAUGAAAAUUUCGCCGGCUUCAACAAUGACGAUGUGAAACGGAGGAAGCAUCAAAUCAACCAUGGCUAUGGCGGCAAGAGCUCUGAUCAACAAGACGAAGAAUAUUUUGGGCGGUGUCACUCUUCUCGUACGCCCUGCUCCUCACUCAUCCCGUUCCUUCGUUUCCCAAAACCCUUCUCCUCUCUCUCCACUGAAUUCCCACUCUCUCCCGUUCUCAACUCCUCACUCUUCAUUCUAUCGCCAUUUUUCACUUUCACAUUCAGGUGAGACAAGUGAUGAUGGUGCAAGCACAGAUGGAUGGGAAGAAGAAGACGAGGCUGAGCCUAAGAUUGGUGACGGUGGAAGUGGUGGGGGAGUUGCCUUGCAAAAUGUGCCUUGGGGUCAGCGAGCACUGUCUAUUGCUGAAAAGGUCCUUAUGAAGUUCAGCGAGGACAUCAAACUCUAUGCUUUCAAAACUAGUCCUCGAGGAUAUGUUUACGUGAGAUUGGACAAAUUAACAAGCGAAUAUGGAUGUCCAAGCAUGGAAGAGCUUGAGAGUUACAAUCAUGAAUUCAAGAAAAGGUUAGAUGAAGUUGGAGCACUUGGAGACAUACCUGAUGAUUUGGCUCUUGAGGUUUCUUCCCCGGGUGCUGAUAGGAUACUGAAAGUGCCAGAUGAUCUUAGUCGAUUUGAAGACAUGCCGAUGAGAGUUUGUUAUACAGAAAAUAUAGAGUCCAACUGCCGUGAAGUGGAUGGAGUAUUCUUGUUAGAUUCUAUCGAAAAAGACUCAGAGACAUGUGUUUGGAAACUGGCAGAUGUUAAAGCGAAUCGAGAUCCUACAAAAAAAGGCAAGCCGUUGAAUCGUAAACAGAAGGAUUGGAGAUUACGAUUGCCAUUCGACUUGCAUAGAAUGGUAACACUAUAUAUUGAAUAGUAGUAAAAUCAUAUAUUAUUUAAUUUAGGAACAUUGAAUAUCUCUCUCUACAAUCCUCCCCAGUUGGAUAUGUGGAUGCAGUUUCAGAAAAGAUGCUUCUUUAUAGUUUUAGUUCAGAUGAGUUGCCCGAUAACUAUAAUUAUCUGUUACUCUCGCCAUUAUUGUAGUCUAAAGCUAUUAUGCAAGAAGCUCGUAGACGGAGCUCUAAAUUUAUUUCUUAAUAUUUUUAUAAAAUUAAGUUCUUACCAUAUGCAUAAGUAUAUCUACAACAUUUGCUGCGAGGACAAGACCAA